AUGAAGUGCAAUUACAGAGUUUUUGGCGAAGUGUUAGCUUUUGAUGCCACCUACAGUACUAACCAGUAUAAUAUGAUUUUUGUUCCUUUUACGGGGGUUGAUCACCAUAAGAAUUGCGUAACAAUUGCGGCUACUCUUCUUUAUGAUGAAACUAUUGAGUCGUUCACAUGGAUGUUGGAACAAUUUCUUGAAGCACAUGGUAAACAACCGAGGCUAGUGUUAACCGACCAAGACCCGACAAUGAAACAAGCCAUAGCUAAAGUUUUCAAUGAAUCUGUCCAUCGUCUAUGUAUGUGGCAUAUUAUGGAUAAACUUCCUCAUAAGAUUGAUGGUGAUGUGUUACAGAAUACCAACUUGAGGCGUCACAAGUGGUUGUCUGAUAUGUUUUCUAUUAGAGAUCAGUGGGUCCCAGGUUAUUUUAGGGACAUACCAAUGUGUUGUUUAAUGAAAACAACGUCUAGAUGCGAAAGUUCAAACGCACUUUCUAAGGUAAACUCUAGCGCAUCGAAUACUUUGGUUCAGUUUAUGUUAUGUUUUGAGAUAGCAAUUGAUGGUCAACGCUACUGGCAACGGAUUUCUGAGCAUAAAACCGAAUCAACAUCUGCCGCCUUAUCCACUCCGUUACCUAUAGAAGCACAUGCAGCACUUGUAUACACCAGAAGCAUUUUUAAGGAAGUCCAAAAGGAGAUAUCUAAAGCCUUAUUAUCAUGUAUGAAUGGUAGACCUGAUGUUGUUGAUGGUUAUGAACAUUAUACGGUUUCUCACUUUGAAAAAGGGACCGUUAUUGGUGAUUACACGGUUAAGAUCAAUAUGAGUGAUAACUCAGUUACAUGCUCAUGUAUGUUAUUUACACGCAUUGGAUAUCUAUGUCGUCAUGUUUUUUCUGCAUACCGAUUUCGAGGCAUAAACAAAAUUCCUGACAAGUAUAUAGCUCCAAGGUGGAAAAAAGAUGCAUUGCCUAAGAAAGUGUUCAACCUUGAAUUCCGUUAUGGUGUUGACAGCUCAGAAAGCUUUAAGCUUAGGUCAGAGGCGCUGAAUUUAGCUCAGCAGUGUGGUGAUCGAUUACGGGGUGAUUCAGUAAAGCUUGCUUGGUUUGUGGAACAAAUCAAGGCUAUUAAGAACAAAAUUUUUGAAGAGGUCCCAACUGAUCCAAGUUCUAACAAUAAAGGUGGUGUCUUUGAAGAAUUGGUUGGAGAAUCACAACCUGAUAGUGUUUCUUUUGUGGCUCCCCAAGGUAUUAGGAAUAAAGGAUGUGGGAGAUCUCGUCGUUUGAUUGGCCCGGGAGAGAAAGCCAAGAAAAAACAAAAACGUAAACAAAGUCACGGUGACGAAGAUAAUAAUGAAGAAAAUGAUGAAGAUAUCGAUGAAGAUAGUGAUGAAGAUAGCGAUGUAGAGCAAGAAGAAAAAAAGGAAUUGCAAAUUGUGUGGAAAACGUGCCUACCAUGA